AGUAAAUGAAGGUCAAAAAGGACUAUAUAAACUAUUUAUGUCCAUUGGGUAGUCAGAUUGUGAAGUCCAAUUGACUCGACAAGAUCUCAAGAAUCUAAAAUGAACGCAUUGAUCGUCUUCGCUCUUGUCUGCUUAUCAGCAGUUAACGCCAGACCUGGAGGUCAUGGCUCUGGUGCUGUGGUCUCUGGACCAGCUGGAGUUGUAACCGGCCAUGGUGCUGUAGGACCUGAUGGUAAUGCCAAUGGACAUGGAGGAUGGGGUGGUGGAUGGGGAGGUGGAUGGGGAGGACAUGGAGGAUGGGGAGGAUGGGGUGGAAACGGAGCUUGGGGAGGACAUGGUGGAUGGGGUGGAGAUGGUGGAUGGGAUGGUGAUGAUGGCAGCUACCCAGGUGACACCGAUGAUGAUGGCAGUUGGGGUGGACACGGAGGAUGGAAUGGAGAUGGUGGAUGGGAUGGUGAUGAUGGCAGCUACCCAGGUGACACCGAUGAUGAUGGCAGUUGGGGUGGACACGGAGGAUGGAAUGGAGAUGGUGGAUGGGAUGGUGAUGAUGGCAGUUGGGGAGGACAUGGUGGAUAUGGUGGUGAUGCCGUCGUUGGACACGGUGUAGCCAUCGUAGGACCUGCUGCCGGAGGUGGUAGCGAACUCCAAAGCCACGGACCCGGUGUCGCCAUCGUUGGACCACACACUGUACCAGCUACCGUUGUUGGACCAGCCGGUAAAGUAGCUGCUGUUGGUCUUUACGGCGUUGGACACGGUGGUCAUGGUCAUUGGUAAAUCUAGACGCAACUUAAUCAUGUACGAGUGACUAAGAUUUAACUAGCUCCUUAUUGACGAUUUUUUUCGUCAAUUACUUUUUAUUUUUUGCUUUGUGUAUAUAUGAUUAUUCAUAUUAAAUGUGACUAUAAAUUGUAUUAAAUAAAAGAACAUAUAAAAAUGAU